CAUUCUACAUUCUUCAUAUAUUCUACCAACUCUCCUAGAUCGUCCCCUAUCCGGCUAGUUAGGAUAUUAGAAUUUAUCAAAUAUGGUGAUUGCUAAGCUUCUUGGUGUGCUUCUACUGUUGGAAAUGAUAAGUGGCCUCAGGUUUGGAGCAGAUGGUUUGAGUAUGGGGUAUUACAUUAUGAGUUGCCCGUUUGCUGAACCAAUUGUGAGGAAUACAGUCACCAGAGCCUUGCAAGCUGAUCCAACCUUAGCAGCAGGCCUACUCAGAAUGCACUUUCAUGAUUGCUUCAUAGAGGGAUGUGAUGGGUCAGUUCUGCUUGAUUCAACAGAGGGUAACACAGCAGAGAAAGACUCCCCUGCAAAUUUGAGCUUGCGCGGCUUCGAAGUUAUUGAUGAUGCAAAGAAGCAGCUUGAGCAACAAUGCCCAGGUGUAGUCUCCUGCGCUGAUAUACUUUCAAUGGCUGCAAGAGAUGCCGUCUUUUGGGCUGGAGGUCCGGUAUAUGAUAUACCCAACGGUAGAAAGGAUGGGAAAAGGUCAAAAAUAGAAGAUACGAUCAAUCUGCCUGCUCCCACCUUGAAUGCUUCCGAACUCAUUAAAAUGUUUGGCCAACAUGGAUUUACCGCCCAAGAAAUGGUGGCUCUGUCUGGUGCACAUACACUAGGUGUAGCGAGGUGCUCAUCAUUCAAGAACAGAUUGAGUGAUACUGUGGAUCCAAAUUUAGAUUCAGAUUUUGCAAAGCAAUUGACCAAAACAUGUAAAGCAGGCGAUAAUGCUGAGCAACCCUUCGACUCAACAAGAAACAUUUUUGACAAUGCUUACUAUAAUGGACUACAAAGGAAAACUGGAGUUCUUACUUCCGACCAAACUCUGUUUGCAAGUGCAAGUACCAGAGGCAUUGUAUAUGGUUAUGCUUUCAACCAGGCCAUGUUCUUCCUUGAUUUUCAACAGGCAAUGGUGAAGAUGAGCAAGCUUGAUCCUAAGGAAGGUUCGAAAGGAGAAGUGCGAGGAAAUUGCCGCAAGAUCAAUUAAGGAAGGAUAUUUGUUUGAAGAAAUUUGAGAAUGUAACUCUUCUUCAUCAAUAUCAAUGUGUAUUAUUGAUAAAAAAAAGCAGUCUGUCAUUAAUAUUUAUAUUCACUAUAUUACACAAUAAUGGUCCUUUGAGUUAAUUUUGACCUCUUGUAACAUGAAUGUUAUCUAGAGAAGUUUGUUUGGUUGGC